UUUUUUUCUUCUUUUUUUUUUCACGAGCAAUUAAACCGUGUUAUUUAUCGUAUCGGUCGUGCAAACGAGGCUCAACAACAGUGGAAUUCGUUCAUAAUUUAGAAAGUUCAUAUUUUAGAAAGCGAAGGAGCGAGAAUAGCGAAUGAAACGCCGUGUAAUCGAAAGGAACUUUGGCGACAAUCUCGGCCGAUUUAUCGGCGAAUAAUACGGUUGAACAUGAGUCGACCAUCGCCCAGAGACAAUCUCAAGGGUACCCUGGCCCGAGGAAAUAGGGGACUAUUGACCUGUGAUGAAGCAUUGGUACCCCCUUUCGGAUCGAUUACACUCCCAUCUUCGGCCAUUUUAACAGCUAACCAGAGGAGACGUUGUACGAUGUCCACCAUCUACAAUUUAACGGACGGGAUUCCCUGGAACGUCGCUCCGUACGGUCUGGAACGUCGGAUUGUUUGGGGCAGUUACGCGGCUCAUUCGGGCUCGCUGCCAACAGGCGUAUAAAGAGAGAAUUUCCCGUGGAAUCUCACAUUCGGCGACGAACUCACGGAGAUCAACCUAGGACGUUCGACGCUCUUUUGUUUCGGGGGCCACUUGAAACAAAGGGGGAUGACAAUAUUCUUCCAAUUGGGCUUCAGUCUAGCAACUACGUACUCUCCCCGUUAUUCGAAUACUAAUCCAUUAACUUGUUAAUGUUACUGGGACACUAUCAACAAUUGAAGCAUAAAAUUUCCAUGUCAGAGGCAGAUUGAUAUUAAAAAAAAAAAAAAAAGAAA